AUGACGAAGAUAUAUGUUGUUUCUUAUGUAAUUCCAUUGCUGUUAGUCGUUCAACAAAUUAAUAGAAUUACAUGUUCUCUUCAACCAUAUACUAGUUACAAACAUUCAAUUGAACUUGAGAGUAAUGUCGUUAAUCUUUGGUGGACAAUUGAUGAAAUAAAACAAGAAAUUACUUUUGAAUUACAUAUUAAAACAAUAGGAUGGAUUGCUUUGGGUAUUAGUCCAGCUGGUGGAAUGAAAGGUGCUGAUAUUGGUCUUGGAUGGAUUGAUCAAUCAGGUCAAGUUCAUUUUCAAGAUCGAUAUGCGUAUAAUUUUUCGAGACCAAUAAUUGAUAAUACUACAAAAGAUUGGUUUGCAAUUCAAGGUCGCGAACAAAAUGGUUGGACAGCUAUUCAGUUCAAACGUUUUCUUGAUACUUGUGAUAGAAUGGAUGUUCCAAUUAAAUCUGGUACUAAUAUUCUUAUAUUUGCUUAUGGUCUUGAAGAUCCUGAUAUGUCUCAAUCAGAUGGUUUAAUAUAUUAUCAUGAAAAUCGACGAGGUUCACGCGUUAUUCCACUUCAAUCAUAUGGUAAUCCAUCACCAGAAAAAAAGUUUGCUGAUCUUGACUAUAUAGACUUUCAGUUUAAAGAUUAUAUUGUACCAGCAACUGAUACGACUUAUCAUUGUCAAGUCUACAAAGCACCAAGCAAUUUUUCACAACGAAGACAUGCAAUUGCAUAUAAAACAAUAAUUGAUUCAAAUAAUCGAGAUCUUGUUCAUCAUAUAGUGUUGUAUGAAUGUAAUACUAUAGCUAUGUUCGACGAUAACAAUUUACCAAUUGGUGUAUGUGAUGAGAUUUUUCAAAAUAUUACUGCAUGUAGUGCAAAUAUUGCUUGUAGUUGGGCUGUUGGUGGUGAUGAUAUAGUGGAAUUUCCAGAAAUUGCUGGAUAUCCAUUAGGUGGUGAUUUUGAGAUAAAAUAUUACAUGUUUCAAGUGCAUUAUAAUAAUCCAAAACAAAUAUCUAAUCGUCAUGAUAGUACAGGUUUUCGAUUUUAUCUUGGAAAAGAACGUCGUCAAUAUGAUCUUGGUUAUCUUACACUUGGUACAGAUUCAAGUCCCAACGGUAUUGCUAUUCCACCAGGAGUUGAUCGAUUUAUAAUUGACUCAUAUUGUCCAGCUGAGACUACAAAAGGUGGUAAAAGUACAAAAGAUGAAAUGUGUCGACAGAUAUUUGCUUAUUAUCCUCGUAUGAACGAUUUAUAUGUUUGUGUGACGAUCAAUUCGCAAGAAUCAUGGAAAAAAAUAAUAAAUAGUUCUGAAUCAUUAUUAAGUAUUGAAACACUUGAAAAAUGGUUAAAAGAACUGAAAUGGACACCGGAAUCAGUAGUUCAAUGGCAGAACUUUUUUAAUGAUGCUUCACGUCUCGUUGUAUAUGGUCGUACAGACAAUUAUAAAUUUAUAAAUCAAGAUAAAUUACCAGAAUAUAAAGAUUUGAAACCAUUAGAAUGUAAAAGAACGAUUUCGAAUUUGGCUAUUCGUCAAAACUUUUCAUUUAUUCUUUUCACAUUUACAUCAUUUUUUACAACAAUAAUCUCACGUUAUCUUUAA